AUGGAUGGGAUUUUUGGAUAUAUGGAUGGAAGAUAUGAUGUAUCUUUGGCAGAUUCUACCAUGAUGUGGAUAGUGCACUAUGCCAUGAACAAAGCUCAGGAGAAGAUGAAGGGGAAAACAGGAGUCCUCGAGCGGUUGAAUGAGAUAUCAAAGUUCUAUGAGUUAGCAGUGAUGCAACUUGAAGGUUGUCUAAGCAUUGUUCAUGCAGAGACUGAAAGCAGCUUUCUUGAGAGCAACCAUGAAGAGGUACUUAAUGACUUGAGAGACAUAAAAGAUCGCCUUCAAUGGCGUUUAAAGGAAUCUGAAUUAGCCAUUGGGGAGAAGGACAAAGAGUUGACACAGAGUUUAGAAAAUGAGUUGCAACUUAGGCAUGCUUUAGAGCUGAAAGAAAGACAAUUGGUUUCUUUGGGUGUCAGCCAUGAGGUUGAAUCCAGUGGAUUCAACGCUGAGAAUGAUCAAACAACAAGAAAUGAGCAUAGUGAUGGCGAUGGUGAGUUGAGGACUAGUGAGGAUCAACCAAAGCUUGAGCCACAAAAUGACAUGUUUAGUAAGGUACAAAAUAAUGGUGUUGGGAGGAAAAAGGUUGAGGAGAUGGGUUCUGACGUGGAGAUACUAAAGCAGACUAUGGAUCUUGCUUUUGGGAAGAUGCAAUCUGCUCUUUCCUUGUGUGAGAUGAGGCCAAAAGAGAGGGAAUGGAAGUUGGCAAUUGAAAAAGAUGUGAUGUCUAUAACAAUUGGAAGUUCCAUAAGGAAUUUUCAACAGAACUUUGAAGCACAACUGAAGAAGGAUGAGAAUCAUGUUGUCAAAGUUUGGAAGGAGCACUGGCCACGCUUGAUGAAUGAGUUUUCAAGUUUGCAGCAUGAAUUUUCCACUUUCUAUGACGCAUAUCCUGAGGAUUCUGACUGUUCAUCGCUUUCUUCCCCAGUAAAGCCUUCUUCCCCAACGAGGCCUUCUUCGCCUGAAGGAAGAUCUGAAAUUCCUAACACGUUCCCUCAAAAGAUGGAAGAGACAGAAAAGUCUGCAGAAUAUGAGGAAAAUGAAGAUGGGAGCAAGUAUGUUGCGAAGUUGAUAAAGAGUCAUGAAUCCAUUAUUCGCCGAAAGAGUGAAGAACUGAAUUUGAGUAAGUAUGGAAUAUUACAUGAAAGAAAGGCCUCGCAUGCCAGGAGAAGAAAGGAAAUAAAUCGUAUGAAAGAAAGAAUCUAUGUUGUCACUGAAAAAUUGGAUAAUUUUAUAUAUCGGAAUGUUAAACUUAGUGAAUCUCUUUUUAAGCAAAGAUGUAUUAAUGACACGGAACCGUUUUCACGGAGGAAGUUAUCAGAGGUAGAUGAGAUUCAUACUAGCAAGGAUGUUGAAAGGCAGAGAAGUGAUGAAAAAAAGGUAAAAGAAAUCAGUGAUGCUAAAAAUAAAAAUCAGGAGGACUUCAAAAGGGUGUCACAAAUAGAAAAGGAAUAUAACACAGUGCAAAUUUUGAAAUCAGAAAAUGUGUGUGGUUCUAUAGAUGAUCAAGCAGAAGAAUUCAAUAGCAAAUUCUUCAAUUUUGAGUUGGAGAAGCAAAUACAGGAGCAUGUAUAUAAGUACUACUUAAGGGAAGUAAUCAAUGAGUGGAAUGAGAACAUAGAAAAACAAACAAUUGAAAGGAAGAUUAGAGAUGACAUAAAUUUGAUUUCCUUGUUUGAGGCAGCAAAUCAAGAAUUUUCCUUAAUUAAAAGACAAUGCAGUAAUCAAGUAGAUAAAAAAAUAAAUAGCACCAUAAGUGAGGAUAUAUGCAUGCUUAUCUUUCGGAAAACUGUGGAUGAGUUCAACAAAAAGAUGGUAGAUUGCGAAGUAGACAGUGUCAUGACAGAACAGAUACAUAAGAUUGUCUUCGGUGAAACAUUGAAAAAUUUUGUCAAUAUUGCAUGUUUUGCUUCACAGGAGCAUAAAGAAAACAAGAAAAAACUUCUAGAUCAGUUACAGUUUGUAACCAUAGAAAGUUUUCUGAAGGAAGAUGUGUGUAUGGUUGUAUUCAAAGCCAUGCUUGAGGAAUGGGAAAGGGGUCUAGAUAACUACUACAUGGAGGAUUACAUCAGAGAGAAGAUAGACCAAGUUGUCAUGGUUGAGACAUUGAAUGACGCCUUUUUCUUCACCAUGGAAGUUAAAUCAUUGGUUGAAGACAAUACCACAGAAGAUAAUUGUUCCACCUCUUCUAUGAUGUUAAAUCAAGUCUGGAGAGCUCAGGGAGAAGAGAACUUCACAAUUAUGUUGUUAGAGUCACUACUUAGUUGUUUUGAGGCAGAGGAAAAUCUGAUGCUAAGUGCGAAGUGUGAGAUCAAGGAACAAUGCAGGCAACUAGACUUGGGUUCAGAACGUGGAGACCUACAUGAUUAUGAAAUAUUUGAAGAAUUGAUAACUGGGGAAGAACAAACAUUCUCUUCACUGACCAGCAAAGUAGAAAAUGUCUUGCAACAAUUAGGUAUAGGCAAGGCACUUUUGAGGCAGUUAGGCACCAGCUUAGGGCACAGUCUACGUGAUUCAGACAGUUUUCAUAAUCAACUGUCAAAUAAUGAAGAAGGUCAACUGAGGCUGUCUUCAUCUGCUUUCAUGCCCCUUUUGAAUCUUUUACUAACAUUUGCAGAAUUUGGGGCAAUGAUAUGCCAGAAGUUUGAGAUGAUGACUGUGAGAUUGGAGAAUAUGAAAGAUUGUUUGGAACCUGUUAUUGAGUUGGUUGGUUACUUGAGAAACAAGGAAUUACUUUAUCAGAAGGCCUUCAUUAAAAGGUGCCAGAAUCUUCAAAAGGCCGAAGCUGAGGUUGAUCUUCUUGGUGAUCAAGUUGAUGCACUUUUAACAUUACUUGAGAAGAUAUAUGCAGCCCUUCGUCAGCAUGCACCAGCUUUGCCGCCGUACUUUGAGGUCUAUGACAUUUUGGAAUUGAUAAAAAGAGAGCUGCAUAGUGGAUCAGUAGAGUCGUAA